CCCCUCUGAUCUGAGGAUUGUGCUGUUUGGGGGACGCUGGACUGGGAAGAGUGCAGCAGGAAACACCAUACUGGGUAGAGAGGAGUUUAGAUCUGGAUUCAGCUCCUCUGCUGUAAUGAAGGAGUGUGAGCAGAGAACAGGAGAAGUGGCUGGGAGACGGGUCACCGUGGUCGACACUCCAGGCUUGUUAGACACAGACCGGGUCGAGAUUGAGAGAUGUGUUUCUCUGUCUGCCCCGGGACCCCACGCUUUCCUCCUGGUAAUACGGGUGUAUGAAAAAGAAAGGAUUGACACUUUCCUUGAGUCUAUAGUAGAACAGUAUUGUGAAUCAUUUGAUAAAGUGCAGCAGCUGUUUGGUGAGAGAGCUGUUAGGAACACGAUGAUCCUUUUCACCCACGGGGAUUAUCUGGAAGGCAGGUCAAUUGAGCAGCGUAUUGAGGAAUCUGGUGAGGUGUUCCAGCAGCUUGUUGGGAAAUGUGGGAACAGGUAUCAUGUUCUCAACAAUGAGGACAGGAGCGAUCACACUCAGGUCACACAGCUCCUGGACAAGAUAGACAACAUGGUGAAGGGAAGUGGAGGCUGCUACCUUCCAAAUGAGAUUUACCAGCAGGUAGAAGAAAGGAUUAGACUAAAGGAACAGGAGCUGAAUGAGAAAUACAAAGAGGAACUGAGGAGGAAAGAGGAAGAGAUGAAACAGAAAUAUGAGGAGAAACUGAGCAGGAAAGAAGAGGAGAUGAAACAGAAAUAUGAGGAGGAACAGUGUAGGAAAGAAGAGGAGAUGAUGGAGAAGCAAAUUAAAGAAUCCAAGCUGCCUGUGAGGAGAAGGAGGAGCAAGGAUCUUGUCAGCCCUGACAUGUCUGAAAGUGAAGGUGUUCCGAAAGAGACAAAGCAAGGAGAGGCUCCCCUUGCAGAUACCCAAGUGCCUCCCAGCCCCCCUGAGCUGAGGAUGGUGCUGCUUGGGAAGGCUGGGGCUGGGAAGAGUGCAGCAGGAAACACCAUCCUGGGCAGAGAGGAGUUCAGAUCUGAAGCCAGCUCCUCUGCAUUAACAAGGGAGUGUGAGAAGAGAAAAGGACAAGUGGCUGGGAGACGUGUUGCUGUGAUCGACACUCCAGAGCUCUCUCAGGACAAACUCCAGAUUAGGAGCUGUGUUUCUCUGUCUGCCCCGGGACCCCACGUUUUCCUCCUGGUGAUACCAGUGGGCCGAUUCACAGAGGAAGAGAGGAGAGCAGUGGAGACAGUCCAGGAGAUAUUCAGUGAGGAGGCUGUGAGGAGGUACAUGAUGCUCCUUUUCACACACAGUGACAAACUUAAAGGCAAGACCAUUGAGGAUUAUAUUCAGACAGGGAGCAAGGAGCUCCAGCAGCUUGUUGAGAAAUGUGGGAACAGGUAUCAUGUUCUCAACAAUGAGGACAGGAGCGAUCGCACUCAGGUCACACAGCUCCUGGACAAGAUAGACAACAUGGUGAAGGGAAACAACAACAGCUACUACACCAGUGAGGUGUACCAGCAAGCAGAGGCAAAGAUCAGACAAAGACAAGAGGAGAUACUGAAGGAGGAGGAAGAGACAAUAUUGAGGGAGGAAGAGGAACUGAGAACUGAGGGCAAAGCACCUGAAAGAACUGGAGAACACGAAAAGGAAGAUGAGAUUGGAAAUCCAGAAAUGAGACCAGAAGAUCAGAGAGCUGGAGGAGAGAAUAGGAGAGCUGGAGGAAGAGCUGAGGAAAGAACAGGGAGAGAAUCACAGGAUCAAACUGGAGGAAGAGCUGAGAAGAAAGAGAGAGGAGAGAGAAAGGGCAGAGCAAGAGAAGAAGGAUUGCAUGGAGAAGGGGGAGAGAGAGAAGAGAGAGUACGAGGAGAAACACAGGACAGAGAUGGAGGCAGUCAGGCAACACUAUGAGGAAGAGGCGAGGGAAGAAGCAGAGAGAUCCAUUCAGCUUGUGAAGCACUGUGUGAAGCCAGCAGCUGUAUCACUGGGAGCAGUGGCAGGGGCACUGAUAGGGGCAGCAGCAGGAGCUAUGAGAGGUCCAUUGGGAGCUGCAGCAGGAGCUGCUAUUGGAUGUAUAGCAGGAGCACAAGUAGGAUCUGUGAUAGGAGGAGAAGCCAGGGCAAGAGCAGCAGAGAGCUCAGACACACACACACACAGAAGCAGAAAGCUCAAAUAAACUCCUAACCUCACCACCUGUGCCACUCCAGGGCUCACAGCAGCUUCGGGGGUUACAGAAAUAAAUGUGUGGGAGGACCCCUGAGUCACAUGAUGACACGACACAACCUGUUGGGUGACAUUAAAAGCCAUCUGGCUUUCUUGACUAAAGAGACAAGCAAGUGUUCUUGUAAUCCUUACCUUUUUUAUGUGAUUAAGAAAAGCUUCAUCAACCAGCUAAUUAUAAUAACAUGUUGUUAAAUAUGAUUCUGUUUGUCUCAGUGGUUGCUUAUCCAGAGCCUUGCUUUCUACAGAACAGUGUCAGGUUUGAGUAGAGCACUGUGAGCCUCCUGCGAAGCUGUAACUCGCUGGGAAAUGCACACUUUAUCAAUGGAUUUGAAUCAAUGUCUAGAAACCACUGCAAGCUGAUGAAUGGAAAAUCUCUCUACAGACUCACAGUUACAGAUGAACGGCUGUGAAUGUCUCUGUCAAUAGAAUGUGCUCUGCCAAGGUCCUGAGUGUUUCAACCAAAAAUUCUUAGCCAUGCCACUGUGUGUGUGUAUAUUGAGUGUGUGUCUGUGUGUGUGUGUGUGUGUGUGUGCGU